AUGCCUAAACGUCAUACUGUGGUAGCAGUGGGUUUAGGUCAGCUAUUGUCUCUUUGUAUCACUGGCACAAGCUCUGCUUCUUCAGCUUUAUGGAGACAUCAUGCCAUUAGUAUACCCUUUACGCAGAAUCUAUUCAAUUAUAUCUUGUUAGCCAUCAUAUAUACCACUUUUUCAAGGACAAGCCUUACCUCAACACCAGCACCGUCCAACAGCAGGUUACCAUGGCAAUUCUUUGGCUUUUCAUUUGCGGAUGUUCUAGGCAACGUACUGGCUGUAUUGGCAUUCAAAAAUACAUCUGUAUUGUCAGCGCUCGUGCUCUCAUCGUGGUCCAUCCCAUGCAUCAUGUUACUUUCCACCUACUUUCUUAAUGCAGCCUAUAGUAAACGUCAUGUGCAAAGUGCGCUUGUGUGUCUUGUUGGACUCGCAUUACUGAUAUGGGGCGAUACAAUCGAUGAUGAUGAAGCGACGAGAAACCACAGCUGGAUUGGAGAUAUUAUCUGUUUAACUAGUGCAACCUUGUAUGCGAUCAGUAAUGUAACAGAGGAACAUUUAGUGAAACAGCAUACAGCAACAGAAUUUCUGGGAAAGGCAGGGUUUUGGGGCAGCAUUUUGUGUGGAUUACAAGCGUACUAUUUUGAAUUUGAUCGGGUGAUUGAAAUCCAGUGGUCAUGGUCAGUGCUAUCGUUAGUGGCCACCUAUGUAUUGUGUCUAUUUUGCAUGUACUCUCUUGUGCCGACUGUGUACAGGAUGAUGGGUGCCACAUUUCUCAGCAUGAGUCUGAUUACAAGCAACUUUUAUUCUCUGGUUGUUGGAUUGCUGUUCCUGAAUGCACACAUGCCUCCAUUUUACCCCAUUGCUUAUGCUCUAGUGAUCAUCAGUGUCACAGCGUAUAGUUUGGCGCCUUCCCCGAUACCACUUAAACAGGAAGGCGAUGAUGAAGAAAGCCGUCCCAUCUAUGCAGCAAAUUACAGCUACCACUCUCAAUAA